GGUGUUUUAGCGUGCGUCUUCCUCGCCAAUGCGUACUGCAAACUGAUCGACAGACGUAUUAAUGCACCGAAUACAGCGCAUUGCGUAAAUUAAUGGAUUCGUUUGCGAAGGAAAAACGCGAGCGCCUUGGAGGUGCCGAUGUAAGCCGCAAAGGGACGAUAGAUUCCAGGAUAAUCGAUGUUACCGACCGACUGAACUCAUUUCCGCAAUACUGUACCACAAGCUCAUGCUCUGGGAGAAUCAUAUUUUUUUCAGGCGCAGAAUCCGACGUUGGAAAGCCAGCAGCUAAGAAGGGAUGUCAGUGGCACCUCGUCACGCAUGAUCUUCUCACACAAGAUGAACUGGACAAGACAUUGGCAACAGUCAACAAGUCUGCAACUCUCAAGUUUGAACCAUUCAUCCUCCAUGUAUGGUGUCACACUCUGGACGCAGCCCAAAAGCUGCUGGCAGUGAGCAUAGGGGCCGGAUGUCGCAAUUCCGGCAUAAUGCUAAGCAAGUCGGGCAAGGUUCACGUGGCAGUUCGGACCACACUCUCGUUGGAGGUUCCACUUUCUGAUAAUGAAAACAUCCUUGUCACACCCAUGUACCUGAACUUUCUGAGGAAGCAAGCGAAUGAAAAAAUGACGGAAAACUGGAAACGGCUACAAAGGUUUUCAGAUGCGCUUAGCAAACUUCACUGUGAAAAUGAAGGCAAGUCCGCAACACGUCAACUCCCCAGAGAUUCGUUGGUUGCAAGGACCAAGACGAAGAAGACAUCCGUUGCAUUCGAUUACGAUGAAAGCGUUUCUGGUCUUUUCGACUUCUCCUCAUGACGACUUCGAGGCAGCAUGUAUGCACUGGAGAGGGAGUGCGCCAGUUCCUUUAUGGUUUUACACUUUUAAGGAAACUAUAAAUGCUUUUGCAUAGCUCUGUCGCCCAACUGCUGUAUGUAAAAUGGCCUGUGUGUAAGCAUGAGCUUUUUGCCACAUAAUACGCAAAGGCGUUAGCUUCCCAUCAAUGGCUCUUGCAGAAAAAAACAUUGCCUUUAUGUCACAUUGAGGCUUCUCAUCGUCACAACGGUGACACCUGCUUUUUUCAUUUGUAAAUGUCCAUGAUGGCGGUAAAUCGGGCUAGCUGGUUCUUCAUGGUCGUAAAAUAACGGUGC